AUGGCUGAGGCUGUAGUUUCGAUGGUGAUCGAAGGGCUCAAGCCGCUAGGAAACUUCAUGAUUCAGCAAGCUAACUUCCUGACCGAAGUUAACCAUCAAGUUGAGCUUGCACAAAGAGAGCUACUCCUGAUGCGAAGCUUUCUGAAAGAUGCAGAUGCACGACAAGAAGAUGAUGAAGUGGUGCGCUCUUGGGUUAAUGAGGUUAGAGAAGCUGCUUAUGAUUUGGAGGAUGUUAUUGAAGCUUUUGUCUUGAAAGUGGCUAUCAGGAGGGGAGGCAGUAUGAUGAUCGUUCUCAAAAGGUUUGCUUGCAUCUGGAAUGAAGGAGUUCAUCGUUACAAGAUCGGAUCAGAAAUUGAGAGCAUCACAACCAAGCUUUCUAAACUGAGGUUGACUAUGCAAAGUUAUGACAUCAAGCAAACGAAGGGGAGUGAAGGAGCCAAUUCUUUUGCGAGCCAACAAGAACGCACACUAACCUAUUCUCAUGUUAGUGAUGAUCAUGAUGUUGUUGGGUUAGGAGACGACAUAGAGAAGUUGGCCACACGUUUGGUAGAAGAGGGAGGUUGCCGAAUUGUUUCCAUUUGGGGUAUGGGGGGCUUGGGGAAGACCACUCCUGCAAAGAAGGUUUAUGGUCACAAGAAAGUCCAGUGCCAUUUCGAUUGCUUUGCUUGGCGGCUCUGCGAUUUCCAACGAGAGAAGAAGUGUCUGGUGGUGCUUGAUGACAUAUGGACAGUUGAAGUGUGGGACUCUUUGAAGGGUGGAUUUCCAGCGCAUGAUCAGGAAACUAAUAGCCGAAUCAUUCUCACAACUCGAAACCAAGAAUUGGCUUCAAUUGCAAAGGAAAAUGCCUACCAAUCGCAUGCACUGAGCGAGGAUGAUGCCUGGAACUUGUUUCGGAAGAUAGCAUUCUCCCAAAUGGAUGAGACAGACUCUCAAAUCAAAUCAAAGAAAGAGCUAGGAGAGAAGAUGCUUCGCCAUUGUGCAGGUUUACCACUAGCGAUUAUUGUGCUUGCAGGACUGCUAUCUAAGAAAGACACAGUCAAUGCGUGGGAAACUGUGUGUGAGAAUGUCAAUGUGUAUAUAAGAAGAGGCACAGAUCUUGAUCGAGAAUACAAAGGUCAAAAAUAUGGAGACUAUGAGAUACCAGUGAAACUGUUGACUCAUUUAUGGAUGGCAGAAGGGUUUAUAUCUGAGACAUCAUCGGAAAUAUUGGAAGAUGUAUCAUAUAGCUGUUUAAGUGAGUUGGUGCAAAGGUGCAUUGUUCAAGUUGGACAGAUUGGUUCAACUGGGAAGAUUAAAUCAUGUCACCUCCAUGAUCUCAUGAGAGACUUGUGCAUGUUAAAGGCCAAGGAAGAGAACUUUUCCCAUGUUGUCAAUUUUUCUACUGGGACGAGAACCAACGCAACACAAGUCGGUAGAGUUCGAAGACUGGCAAUCUAUGUGGACAGAUACUAUGAUAAUUUAGUUCCCACUACCAGAGACGGUCACCUCAGAUGUGUUCAGGAAGAUGGAACAAUUGAGGCAUUUAUAUCUACCCCCGUGGCACACAGUAGACGGGAAGCUGUCAUUGGGAAACUAAACAUCCAAGGUUUGUCAAAAUAUCUGGAACAGCUGGAGGAAAUCUUGAAAUCCAGAAGUGGUCCAACAUUCCACCAUCUUCGUUCUCUAUCUCUGGACAUGGAUGGUCAUAACUGUGAUAUACUAUCAAGGUUUCGACUUAUAUGCAAGCUGCAAGUGAGGGGUGGAAUCGUGAAGUUACCAGAAGAGCUCUUGUCCUUUCCAAACCUCAUCAAGAUAAAGUUGGCUAGCACUAAACUGAAGGAAGAAGACCAGACAGAAAUACUAGAGAAGCUGCCACACUUGAGAGUGCUUUACCUACAAGGUCAUGUUUUCUCGAGCCUUCCUUCAGACACACUUGUUUGCACGAACGGAGGAUUUCCCAAUCUGGAAUUUCUUUACCUUGAAGGGUUGCCAGAAUUGAAAGAGUGGAGGUUGGAGAAAGGAGCCAUGCCUCGUCUCCGCAGACUGUGCAUUGAUCACUGCACAGAAUUGAAGGCAGUUCCGGAUGGGCUUCAGUAUAUUAAGACCCUCAAGGAGUUGACUGUCACGUGGAUGCCAAGUGAAUUCUGUAGUACGCUCGGAAAAGAAGGGGAGGAUUUCGAAGGGGACGUCUGCUGUGUACGCAGUGCUUCGAGUACUGCGGCUGUGGCGAGACGUAGCCUCACAUUCCACCAUCGUCGUUCUCUGUCUCUUGAAAUUCUCUAUGGAAGACCAGACAGAAAUACUAGAGAACCUGCCACACUUGAGAAGUUGAGAGUGCUUUACCUACAAGAUCCUGUUUUCUCGAGCCUUCCUUCAGACACACUUGUUUGCACCAAUGGAGGAUUUCCGAAUCUGGAAUUUCUUUACCUUGAAGGGUUGCGAGAAUUAAAAGAGUGGAGGGUGGAGGAAGGAGGCAUGCCUCGUCUCCGCAGAUUGUACAUUACGCAGUGCGACAAAUUGAGGGCAGUUCCAGAUGGGCUUCAAUAUGUUACUGCUCUCAAGGAGUUAACUUUCAAGUCGAUGCCCAUUGAAUUUUGCGAAAGACUUGAGGAAAACGGGGAUGAUUUCCACAAAAUCAAACAUGAUGGCUAUGUUGUAGCUCUAUAUGCAAGAGAUGGCCCCAGUCUUCAUGUUGCAAGGCAAAGAGUUAAAGGUGGUGGUUGGUUCCUAGAUACCAUGUCAAAUGAUACAAUUGGAUUGCGAUCUUUUGCCGCUGGUGGAAAGUUAUUGCAGAUAAAUAGAAGAAUGGAAUUUGUAUUCGCAAGUCACAGUUUUGAUGUUUGGAAGAGUUGGAUGUUGGAAGGUUCUCUGGACGAGUGUAGGCUGGUUAACUGUAGAAAUCCACUGGCUGUAUUGGAUGUAAGCAUCGAGAUUCUGGCCACUGUUGGAGUGUAA